AUGACUGCAUCUACAAUAUCGGGCAAAUGUCUAUGUGGUCAAAUAUCUGUCUCUGUUUCACAAGUUGCGUUCAAUAAAACUGAGAAUGUAGGUGUAUGUUAUUGUAAAAAUUGUCGUCAAAGUGGUGGCUGUCUAGCGUCGUACAAUCUCUAUGUAUCAGAAGGAGAUGUUAAAAUACAAGGUCAACCAAAAAUAUAUCAAGAUCCAAACACAGACAGUGGCACAACACUAGAACGUGCAUUCUGUGGUAAUUGUGGUUCACCGGUGUAUGGUAAAAAUCCAAAAUUUAUUGGUCUAAUAGCAGUUAGAUUGGGUCUAUUCGAUCAAUUACCAAAACCUGGUAUGGCACUCUACUGUAAAAAUCGUCCAGAAUGGGAUAAAGGAACAAUUGAUGGUGUGCAAGAACAUAAAGUUAUGCCAGAAAUGACGGAGGAUUUGAGAAAGUGGUUGCAAGAAAAGGGUGUAUCCAUUUAG